UAUUAUUAUUUUAAAUCAAAUAAAAUGUAUAUAAAUUAAGAUGAAUUAAACAAUUAGUAAUAUUGUAGUAAAUAAAAUAAUUAUUUUAUUGUUGUGUCAGUGUUGCCGCAAUUAUCGUGCAUUAAAUAUUUGUGAGGUUAUGUAUCAGUGUUGUUCAUGCGUUAUUUUUGCAGAAAAAGAAGAGACAAAUUUUUGAGAUUUUUUUGGAUAUCAGCUAUAAUAUUCGAAGAAGUUGUUUAACAUUUGACAAUACAUUAAAGAAUCUGGAAAUGGACAACCAAAAUAAUCUGGAAAUACAAAUUUUACGAACUUAAUAUUAUUUAUAGAGUUUUCACUUUGAAAAUAUAACAAAAACGUUGUAUAAUAUAGACAAUAAUUUGUUAACAAUGGAUGUAGAAUAUUCAGAGAAAGUAGGAAAUUCGGAAGGAGAAAAUAAUGAAAGUAUUUCAGAACGUGCGAAGAAUGAUAUUGACAUUAUAACGAAUUUAAAAGAAAAGCAUUCUGAAUCUAAACAAUCUUUUGAUUUAAUAAGCAAAGAUAAAGAAAGUAAUAAAAUUCUUACUGCUCAAAGUAGCAAUUGCGAGCUAAAAAUCAACAAAAUGAAUUCAGAUGAAGGAAUUAGUCUAAAAGCAGGUGCUUUAAGUGCCAUAGCAAUGGAUUAUUAUUCUUCAGACUCGGAAAUUGAUGAAGUUAACGAAUCUGAAAAUUCACAAAUGGAAAUGCAAAUCAGCAAUGAAACGCAAGAAGUUAUAAUCAAUAAUAGAAUAUCAGAAAUUGAAAUUAUCAGCAAUAAAACGCAACAUGUGGAAAUAGUCAAUAAUAAAAAUCCAGAAAUAGAAACAAUUAACAAUGAAACGCAAGAAUUGGAAAUAAUUAGUUAUAAAAAGCCAGAUAUAGAAAUAAUUAGCAAUGAAAAACCAGAAUUGGAAAUAAUUAGUCACGAGAAACCAGAAAUAUCAAUAAUUGACAAGGAAAUAUCGAAAAAUGAAUUAAAUAGUGAAAAACCAGAAGUGGAAGUUUUAAAAGAAUACCGAACACACAUGGAAAUUACUUGCAGCAGCGAUGAAAUUGACAGUGAGGAAGAUUCUAGUAGUAGCAGUAGUAGUGAUGAUGAUUCUGAAAGCAGUAGCAAAAGCGAGAGUUUAUCUGAUAGUAGUGAAAAAAGUUUACAUGAAACCAAAAAAGUAGUAGGAAAAGGCAAGCAGCGCGUUAGAAAACAGAGUAAAGGAGAAUUUGAUGAUCUUCCACCGAUUGAAGAUUUAAAUAUUAAUGUUCCUGAAGUUCUUUGUGAUCCACUUGGAGAGGUAGCGUGGAUCGUCGAUCAGAUGGUUGUAGUUCGUCCAAAGCCAGGUAAACCAACUUUGAAUUUAGAAUCAAUUCUUUUCAUAGAACGAGGUCGUCGAGUUUUGGGUCGAGUAUUUGAUGUUUUUGGUCAAGUAUCAGAUCCCCAUUAUUGUGUUCGUUUCAAUAACUCGAAACAUAUUCAAGAAAAUAAAAUACAAGUCGGCAUGAAUGUCUACUUUUGUCCCAAUACGGAAUAUACUACCGUAGUUUUCUUACAUGAACUCACCAAAAUGAAAGCCUGUGAUCCAACGGACGACGAUGAGCCACCUGAAUUUUCUGACGAUGAGGAGGAGCAGGCGUACUAUCAAAAUCUGAGAAAACAACAAAAGACCGAGAAAGCUGUCUCUGAAAGUGGAAUACCAACGAAAAAGAAGCGAAUUGGACAAAAAAAUUCUAGUGGAAAAAAGAAUUCAACUGAUUGGAAAUCACAUCAUCCUUGGAAUACGAAAAGAAAUGUACAACAGCAAACUGCAACUGGCGCACAAAGAGUUACAAAUUCUCAGGAUUCUUACUCGCAAAAUUGGUAUGGAUCUAUGCCGCCAUAUCAACAGAAUCCUUGGCCUCCGUUUCCAAUUUUUCCGAAUCCUGCUUGGCCAAUGUAUUAUCCUCCUUCAAAUUACAGAGGUUUUAGACCUCAAAUGGGAUUUCCAUCUCCCUUUCAUCAUUCACAACGAUAUUCAAAUUCCACAUCUUGGAACGCAAGGAAUCAAGUGCCACAAUCUUCACAAAAUCAUCAACCAAAUGUUGCAAAUGCAAUUACUUUAAGUCCUCCACCACCACCACCACCUCCACCUUCUCCUCCACAGGAUCCUUCUCCGCCAGGAAUGUAAAAGAUAAUUAUUAACUUUUUGUUUUCAUUUUUAUAUUUUUUAUAUAAAAUUUUUUACAUUCUAUAUAUGAAAGUAGUUUUCUUGUAUAUACAUACAUCUAAUAUGUAUUUUUUUUCUUAAUAGAUUAAAAAUUCUUAUUUUAAGUCA